AUGGUUAGCCCAAGAGCCACUCGAUGGCAAAACCGCCUUCCGCACGCACUUCGCCUGCGCGUCAGCGCCUGCACUGAGUCCCAAGCGCAUUCUUCCCGCAUCCCCUGCUUGCUGAGGUUCUUCAUUUUCUCCGCCGUGUGUACCCUAGCCUACAUUGGCGGUGUGAUUCCACACUCUAGACCAGCGCCGCCAAAACCUUCGACACGCUACGAUCUUCCUGGAGGAUUCGGAAGAGUGAUUUCUUCGGACGAGGCGAUUUCUACCCGCGACGGAAUCUCGUUGGAUUCAUCGUGGGAUCUGCGCGAUGACGAGGUGCUGCCUGGAGUGUCGCACGCGCGACUGGCGAAAUGGCGAGCCUCCGCCGCGCGAUCACGGCUGAGCGCCGCAGCUGACGCUGAUACCACGGCUAGAGCUACACCGGUUGACGCCGCUCGAGCCGACGACGAAGCUUCCUAUUCUGACCGCAAGGGAAAGCGUGAAGGUGGUGACGAGCUGUGCGGCUGGCCGGCUCCCGCUGCUCCUGCGCGCGAGACGGAGGAGGGGUUUCAGGGGGACUCGGUGUGGUACAGCACCAACGGCAGCGAGUGGAUGCAGCACGGAUAUCUGGAGAUGCUUCUAGCGGAGAUGGCAGGGCGCAGAGGGGGACAAGCGGGGAUUGCGGGGGACGAAUCGGAGGCUGUAUGCGUGGCGGUGUAUCUGCCACCCCAUUGGUUCCCCUGCUCCGGCUCGCCAGCUGGCUGCCAGCUGGCGGUGUGGGUCCGCCCUGCGUCGUCCGACGUGGCGCUGCUCUACCAUCUGCUCGACACGCGCGCCUUCCGCUUCCUGCGCCCCUCGCUGCUGCCCCACUUCCGCCCGUCCGCCAUCCUUGAUGCGGGCGCCAACAUCGGCCUUGCGUCCCUCAUCUUUGCCCUGCGCAGUGGAGCCAGCGCGGGACAACUUCGCGCUGCUUGCUCAUUGCUUUCUCCUUGCCUCCAUCAUCCCCCUCCUGCCUUGCCCCCUCCCCCAAGCAGCUUCCCCGGUGCGUUGAUAGUGGCAGUGGAGCCGGCGCGGGACAACUUUGCCCUGCUGCAGCGCAAUGUGAAGCACCUCCCCCGGAUACUGCCAGUCAAUGCCGCCCUCUGGUCGCACGACACCCGGAUAGCCGUCACUGCGGGCCGCAGGGAGGGCUUCUGGGCGUACGAGACACACGCGUCUGUCUCGGUGCCGUCGCUGCUGCAGCGCGUGCAGCUGCCACGCUUUGACUAUGUGAAGAUUGACAUUGAGGGCGCUGAGAAACAGGUGUUCUGCUCCGCAGCAGCAGCAGGAGCAACAGAUGCAGCAGCGGGGGGGUGGCAGCAUGAUGGGGAAGUGUUUUCAUUGGAGGUGCAUGAGGACUUGGCGCCGGGGAUAGGCGCGUGCAUGGAGGGGGUGUAUCCGCGCACACGGUAUGACGUGCGCACAUACGGUGAGAACACUGUUUACUUCAGCCCCCACGUGUGGGUGCAUGCGCUGAAGCCGCUGGAUCUGAGCGUGCGAUGA